UACAAGGGAUCUUCCGAACCCAGGGAUCAAACCUACGUCUCUGGCUUCUCCUGCAUUGACAGGUGCUUUUUUUACCACUGUGCCACCUGAGACGCCCACACAUGGACAGACGUACUUAAAUGCCAGGAGGACACAGAAACGAAGAAGGUUGGUGAAAGAUGCUCCUUGGGAUGAAGUCCCACUUGCUCACUCCCUGGUUGGUUUUGCCACUGCCUAUGACUUCUUGUACAACUACCUGAGCAAGACACAACAGGAGAAGUUUCUUGAAGUGAUUGCCAAUGCCUCAGGGUAUAUGUAUGAGACUUCAUACAGGAGAGGAUGGGGAUUUCAAUACCUGCACAAUCAUCAACCCACCAACUGCAUGGCCUUGCUCACAGGAAGCCUGGUUCUGAUGAAUCAAGGGUACCUUCAGGAAGCUUACUUAUGGACCAAACAAGUUCUGACCAUCAUGGAGAAGUCUCUGGUCUUGCUCCGAGAGGUGACAGAUGGCUCCCUCUAUGAAGGAGUUGCGUAUGGCAGCUACACCACCAGAUCACUCUUCCAGUAUAUGUUUCUUGUUCAAAGGCACUUUGACAUCAACCACUUUGGCCACCCAUGGCUUAAACAACACUUUGCAUUUAUGUAUAGAACCAUUCUGCCAGGGUUUCAAAGAACUGUGGCUAUUGCAGACUCAAAUUACAACUGGUUUUAUGGUCCGGAAAGCCAAUUAGUGUUCCUGGAUAAAUUUGUCAUGCGUAACGGCAGUGGCAACUGGUUGGCUGACCAGAUCAGAAGGAACCGUGUGGUGGAAGGUCCAGGGACGCCGUCCAAAGGGCAACGCUGGUGUACUCUUCACACGGAAUUUCUCUGGUACGAUGCCAGCUUGAAAUCUGUCCCCCCUCCUGAUUUCGGCACCCCGACAUUGCAUUAUUUUGAAGAUUGGGGCGUUGUGACUUACGGAAGUGCGCUGCCUGCAGAAAUCAAUAGAUCUUUCCUUUCCUUCAAGUCAGGAAAACUAGGGGGACGUGCAAUAUAUGACAUUGUCCACAGAAACAAAUACAAAGACUGGAUCAAAGGCUGGAGGAAUUUUAACGCAGGGCAUGAACAUCCUGAUCAAAACUCGUUUACCUUCGCUCCCAAUGGUGUGCCUUUCAUUACUGAGGCUCUCUACGGGCCGAAGUACACCUUCUUCAACAAUGUUUUGAUGUUUUCCCCAGCUGCCUCCAAGAGUUGCUUUUCUCCCUGGGAGGGCCAGGUCACAGAAGACUGUUCAUCAAAAUGGUCUAAAUAUAAGCAUGACCCAGCAGCUAGCUGUCAGGGGAGAGUGGUUGCUGCAGUAGAGAAAAAUGGGGUGGUUUUCAUCCGAGGAGAGGGUGUGGGUGCUUAUAACCCCCAGCUUCACCUGAGGAACGUUCAGAGAAAUCUGAUCCUCCUGCAUCCGCAGCUUCUCCUCCUUGUGGAUCAGAUACACCUGGGAGAGGACAGCCCCUUGGAGAGGGCAGCAAGCUUCUUUCACAAUGUGGAUUUUCCUUUCGAGGAGACGGUGGUAGAUGGGGUCCACGGAGCUCUCAUUAGGCAGCGAGAUGGCCUCUAUAAAAUGUACUGGAUGGAUGAUACUGGCUACAGUGAGAAAGGAACCUUUGCCUCAGUGACAUACCCUCGCGGCUAUCCCUACAAUGGGACAAACUACGUGAAUGUCACCACGCACCUCCGAAGUCCCGUCACCAGGGCAGCUUACCUCUUCAUAGGGCCAUCCGUCGAUGUUCAGAGCUUCAGCAUCCACGGAGACGCUCAGCAACUGGAUGUGUUCGUGGCCACCAGCGAGCAUGCCUACGCCACUUACCUGUGGACAGGAGAGACCGCAGGGCAGUCGGCCUUUGCGCAGGUCAUUGCUGACCGGCAGAAAAUUCUGUUUGACCGGAGUUCAGCCAUCAGGAGCAGCAUUGUCCCAGAGGUGAAGGACUACGUGGCUCUGGUGGAACAGAACCUGCAGCAUUUUAAGCCCGUGUUCCAGCUGCUGGAAAAGCAGAUCCUGUCCCGAGUCCGGAACACAGCCAGCUUUAGGAAGACUGCUGAGCGCCUGCUGAGAUUUUCAGAUAAGAGACAGACCGAGGAGGCCAUUGACAGGAUUUUUGCCAUAUCACAGCAGCAGCAGCAGCAGCAGAGCAAGUCCAAGAAGAACCGAAGGGGAGGCAAGCGCUAUAAAUUCGUGGAUGCUGUCCCUGAUAUUUUUGCACAGAUUGAAGUCAAUGAAAGAAAGGUUCGUCAGAAAGCUCAGAUCUUAGCACAGAAAGAACUGCCCAUAGAUGAAGAUGAAGAAAUGAAAGACCUUUUAGAUUUCGCAGACAUAACAUACGAGAAACACAAAAACGGUGAUGUGAUGAAUGGCCGGUUUGGCCAGGCUCGGAUGGUGACAACUACUCACAGCAGAGCCCCAGCGCUGUCCGCCUCAUACACCAGACUGUUUCUGAUUCUCAACAUUGCUAUUUUCUUUGUCAUGUUGGCAAUGCAACUGACUUAUUUCCAGAGGGCUCAGAGUCUUCAUGGCCAAAGAUGUCUCUAUGCAGUCCUUCUAAUAGAUAGCUGUAUUUUAUUAUGGUUGUAUUCUUCUUGUUCCCAAUCACAGUGUUAGUAUUGAAACUAUAAGUGGCUUGAUUGUUUUGUGGUCACAAGUCUAUGCAAAAAGAAAAGAAAAAUUCAUUGCCCUAGUUUUUUUUUUUUUUAAUCUUUUUAUUUUUUUUAUUUUUAUUAUUUUUUUUUUUAAAUUUUAAAAUCUUUAAUUCUUACAUUGCCCUAGUUUAUUACUGGAUUUUUUUUUUUCAGAUUCUUUUAACAAAUUAAGGGGAAAGUACUUCCACACAAGGAAUCAGGGACAUGGAGAACUCAGUAUGCAUAGAGGCAAAGAAUUAGAAAUAAGGGUAGCUUGAUUGCCACAUGGUGUUUCUGGAAAUGUUUGGCUUGGCUGAAUUAGGAAUCCGUAUAAUACUACUCUUAAAAGAACAAAAAGUCUGGUUUUAAGUACUGUUUCUUCUUAAGAGAAAGAGACUUAGAUAGAAUUGGAUUUUAUUAAUAUUAAUUUAAUGCUAUUAGCACUCUCCAGAUACUAUUUUAUGGAAAGACUGAGGCACAGAAUUCUGAAAAAUACAGAAAGUUUUUUAAUGUUGUAAUCAUGUUAAAAAUAAAUGUUGGUAAGUCCUGGUUAUGAUGGUGUCAACUUCCUUGGAGAAAAAUUCAUGUGAAUAACAGUGUCUGCAUAUUGGGUUACUGUUUAGAUAACAUGGUAAAAUGAUGGCAAAAGGUUGUUAAAAACUUGAGAUAUAUCUCUAGGAGAAAACAUGUAUUAGUGAAUGAACAUUUCCUUGAUGAUGUUGAUUUAUGCAUACACAUAAUUGACUGCUUUUACACAUCCAUUGUUUGUUCAAUAAGUAAAACAAUUACAGGUAACUUAGUUUCCUAUUUUCCUUCUAUGGAAAACUGUUACAGACCCAAUGACUAACUACAAAAUAAAAUAUUUUAUAUUUGACUGUUGAUUUCAAUACCAAAGAAGAUGGGGAAGCUAAAAUUUGAAUAUAAUUCUCAUGUUUUUUUAAUAGAAAACUUUCUCUAAGUUUAUUUUGCUAAAUAAACAUCAUAAUUGUGA